AUGUUUAAGUUCGUCAGCACAUCGUCACAGUUCUUCCUCAGCAUAAUCAUAGCAAUUGUAGCGAUGACGAGCAUUAAGACAAAACAUAAUAGCGACCACAACAAUUACAAUAAUAAUAAUAAUAAUAAUAAUCACACAAACAACGACAACAAAGAUAAUAUCAUCCACGACUUAAACAGCUUCAGAAGCAGUAACUACAAAAGCGGCAGCAACGGCAACUUCAUUGGCGACAACCACAGCUUCAGAUAUCGACGCGACGAUGUCAGCCAGGCGGUAGUAGCAAUCUCGAUAAGAUUGAUAAACGCAGAGGAGGAACAGGGUCGAUAUUACGGCUACCUAGAAGUUACAAGGACUCUAAAUAAUGGAUCCAAGAAAUGGCUGAGCGUGUGUGGUAUCGAUUGGACCGAUAUAAACUCGGAACUGGUAUGUCGAGACCUCGGUUUUGCAACUGGAACAACCGUGAGGAACAUGAUGGGUUUCACUGGAUUCGUACAUGAGCGAGUGGAUACGAAAAUUAUUACUUGCAGCCGACAACAUGAAUCCUUCGAAAGCUGCUACGACAAAAUGACGGACGACAGUAGAUGUGGUAAAUCGGGUUUCAUACCAGCGUAUGUACAUUGCGUUAGAGGUUCGUCUGCGCAAGUGAUGUGGAAGAAAAGAGACGUCGAUGGCGUCCACAGCAUUGUGUCCUACAGCUUAUACAAGGACUCAAAACAUGUCGAAAUCUCCGCUGAAAGUUUGCAGAGUUUUUUGAAAUGUGUAAAACUACAAACGUCCUACGAAGCGUUUUAA